AUGGCUACCACAGAGUUCGGUCCUGAAGAUGCCGAAGACCUUCUCGAGAAGAUACUCAAACUCGAUGAGGGUUUGGCACGCAACCGCUGGGGAUCCCCCCAAAAUAUGGCUAGAAGCAUUCUGAUGAGCAAUGUCACGCUCCAAUUCCUCUUCCACCCAAACGUCUUCAGCAAUCCGGAAACAGAGGCAGCUCGUAUUGUCCAACUGUUACUGUCCGCCGCUACUGCCACGGAUAGAAAGGAAGCUUUCAAGCAAACUUUCCCAAUAUAUGCUUCCGAGAACAGAAACAUUGGAAAGGUUCAUCCCCCUCUCCCGGAGAUACCCGCGAUUCUCGAUCAAUUCUGGGAUGGAGCGAUGAAUGAGUAUGAUAAGAUAUUCAAGAUUUCACACCAAGCAGGGAGAAAGACUAGAGAUGGGAAAGAGCCAAAAAGGCUGAAAGAUAUGGUCCAACUUGUCAUUGCAGACGAGAGAAGAAAGAAGGCUGAAGCUAUCGCGAAGGAGACACAAGAAGCUGAAAUCAGUGGCACUCAUUCGAAAAAAGCCGAGGGUAAAGCCAAACUUCCUUGCAUGAAGACGGACGACAAGAAGAUCAUCACUGCUUCAACAACAAAGCGAUCCGCUACCUGGGGUGCCUUUGUUAACAGGCUGCAAGGUAAACGUCCAACCAAACGCAGUCCACCCAAUGUCGACGGCGUCGAAAGCAGUGAUACAACAAGAGUCAACAGCCUCGCUUCUAUUGAAAAUCAAUCCACGGAUCUGGGUGGGUUUUCAAAUGCAACAACGAGAGUCAAUAGUGUGGUUUCUGAUUCAUCGACUACCCAACCUUCGAAAGCCAUCGUAGUUGAAACAUACAUCACUGAUCUGGAUGGCGCUUGCGACGACCCAGAUGUAUUUUACGAGGCGGAGGAAGGCCCGAAAGAUCCACUUGACGAACAACUCGAGAUUUCCAGAAUACCCUUACGAGUCUCGCAACAACAAUCGGAGGAUGGAGGUAUUUGCGAAGCGCUUCGAAGAAUGCGUUUUGCUAAGGACGGUUCUCUUGAAGCAUUUAUUUCUGUCGAUGAGCCUCAGGAACAAAAUUGA